AUGUCUGUUCCCUAUAAGUACCCGUUAUCACGCACUACUGCCCAAUUUAGAAAGCACAUUACAAGAGCAGCUCUUGCUGUCGCAACAUCCAUGUCCUCGCUGGGACAGACUGGUACGAUCAACAUUGUUCAAGCCUGCCUCCGUUCUUUCACCAUGCAAGAGUCAACGCCAUUGACUUAUCAGAGGUCCAAGGCUUUCUGUAAUGCAUAUGGUACACCGCCCUGUUUUUGGAAGAUGCACCGGGAGGCCUUGGUAGCACUGGAUGGUGGGGCGUUCACCCUUUUUGUCAUUCAGUGUAAUCCUUUUGCCAGCACGUUGGCCCCAUUUGCAAUGAAGCGGCCAGAACUUCAGCCAGUUCUGCAGGCCGCCUUGGGCUUCAAUGUCUCAGCACAAUUUGUGUUGACUGAAGUUAACCAUGGCUUGGAUGCUCGCAGCGUACAAACCACUGCAAUAUUGUGUGAAAUGGAGAGUUUAAUCUCUAUACUCCUACCUCAAACGAUGCAAAGUAAGAUGUGGAAAUCCAAUACUAGUUUGAAUCAUGACUGA